AUGCCAGGAUUGCGCGAUGUAGCAAAAAAAGUGUAUCUUACUGCGAGAAGACGCCAGCCCCCGGCGCAGACAACCCAGCCUGAGCUAAUAGAAAUGGUGCGAGCGCACACGAGCUCAGUGGAGGCACUCGCGUUCUUCAAAGACGGCCGAAGGAUCGUCACUGCUUCGAUGGAUAAAACAUUGCGAAUCUGGGACGUAGAGAAAAGAGCAUUUAUAGGAUGGCCAUUCAAGGGACACAGGGACAUUCAUGCGGCGGAUCCCGUGGUAACAUUUGGGUUUGGUGCACCGAUAACGCCGAGCUUCUGUUCAAGAUCGACGCUCAUGGUGAUUGGUAAGAGGAAGCUUGAACGAAAGCUCUAUGUGGAGGCCCUUUCGGAUGCGAACAAGGUUAUUGAGCUCAACCCUUCGUCUUAUCUCGGGUACGAACUGAAGUAUGCAGCUCUUCGUGGAGCACGACACUAUGAUGAUGCGUUUAAGGCCUUCAAGAUAAUGCUUUCCAUGUUGGAUGAUGCACCCGACCCGCAUAUACGACAGCUCCGCCAGAAAUACGUCAGUCCAUCUGAAGUAGAGGAUGCUAUUCGACGAGCCAUUCACGCCAAACUGGAAAACGCCCCCCUUCGGCUAAUCAACACUUCUACUGGACGUUUGUGCAAUCGAGAUGUGCAAAUCAACAUAUUCAUUGGAAGCACAGGGUACAAAAAACUUUUGCAUUCAUUUGACAUGCAUGCGCCCCUCAAAACGGAGCCCGUCGAAGAAGCGGUCACGAAGUACUUCAGUUGGGUCAUGUUAUCCCAUAGGUGGGCAAGGAAGGAGCCGCUAUUGCACGACAUUCAGGACAAGGUCAUAUAUGAGUUGGAUCCUGUCGGAACCAUGAUGAAGUUGCAGAAGUUCUGCAAAGUCGCUCGCAAUGCGGGCUAUAGCUGGGCAUGGAGCGACACAUGCUGCAUCGACCAGGACAACAAUGUUGAGCUCCAGCAAUCAGUCAACUCCAUGUUCGUCUGGUAUCACCACUCAGCGCUCACCAUCAUCUACCUAUCAGAUGUUCCUCCUUCGUCAAAGUCAGGCGCGCUCGCAAACAGCAUUUGGAACACGCGAGGAUGGACUGUUCAGGAGUUCCUCGCUCCUAAAAUUGUUCUCUUCUACCAAGCAGAUUGGAGCCUAUAUCUCGGCAACCGCUCACGCAACCACAAGCAAUCUUUCAGAAUCAUGAAUGAGUUGGAGCGUUCAACUGGCAUAGAUGCGCGGGCACUCAUCCACUUCCAUCCUGGGACAAAAGAUGCCCGAGAGAAACUUCGAUGGGCAUCGAACCGAGACACCACCAGGGAGGAAGACAUCGCCUACUCUUUGUUUGGCAUCUUUGAUGUCAACCUUCCUGUUAUCUAUGGAGAAAAAAGACAAAAGGCGCUCGGACGACUCUUACAGGAGAUCAUAGCCCAUUCGGGCGAUAUCACGGCCCUGGACUGGGUGGGACAAUCGUCCAACUUCAACAGUUGUCUCCCGGCCGAUAUUUCCUCAUACAAGGCUCUGCCAUGCAUGCUAUCAUAUCUAUCUGAACACGACAUACAGGAGUCGGUCUCCGCGCUGCGAAACGACAUUGUGGUUGUGGAGUCGGCUUCAAACCUGUAUGCCACUCUGGAGAAUAUCAGCGUUCCUCGUUUCGCAAAUGCCAGACUGCAAUUGCCUUGCAUCGCAUUUACUCUCACAGAAGUUAGGCGGAGGCCGGGUCAAGAUGGAGCUAGACGUUUCGCUUAUGACAUCAAGGCAAACGGCCUACAAGACCUGCUGGUCACGACGAAAGACAAACUAGUUGAAUUCUGGCCUACAAGGCGUACUCGGCAGGCAUUCAUGCUCGUCCGUCCGUGGAAUCGGUGUGAUCUCGGGCUGAUUAACUUUGCAGACGAGACGCAGACCAUAGAAGAUUGGCCUGAGCCUGGGUUUCCUGGAUACAACGAGUCAACUACGCAAGAGUUGAGGUUGAUCGUUCGCCUUGGACAGCCUUUUGGCGCGCUUUUGCUGGCGCAGCAGUGGGGUGGGGAGUAUAAGAGAAUCGCUUCGGAUAACAAUAUCAUUGCGCAAGUCAGAGACAUGACUUCUGUUGACGACAUGAUGGACGUCAGGAUGGUGGAGAUAUUGUAGCUUCGAAGAAUCAGACGUUUUCAUUUCACACCUUGACAGUACCUCUAGAAUUUCAAAUUUCGUAUCGUAUCGGUCUUGAUUCGUGUCAUAUAUUUUCUUGUAUAAGUUUCACUAAGCUGAUACUCUGAGCGUAUAAGCAG